GUGUAGCAUUUCUUGUUGUGCACCUAUCUAAAAAUGUCUGCUGCUCAGGACGCGGGUCCAAUGGUGUAUGGCGACAUGCAGCUAUUGCGGGAGGUGGAAACCGGCAACAUGAGAGGUGUAGAGAGCUCGCAGCGGGAGCGGAGCCGGACGGGCGUCCGGAACUGAACACGCGACCCCUCAUGGUUGCUGCCGGGCUUGGGAAAGUCAGUUUCGUGGAGUUCUUAGUGGCGCGAGGCGCCGGCCUGGAUUCCAGAACAUGUCGUGACGUACCCCGACCCGAGGGAGGCAUAAUCCUCCGAAUGGGGUCCCAAGCGAUCCAUGCUGCGGUUCAUGGAGGCUCACCAGGUGUUCUUUACGUGCUACUUCGGCUUGGCGCCAACCCCAAUGCUGCAGAUGACGAUGGCGAGACGCCGUUGAUGAUUGCGUGUGGAGACUCGACAAAGGACCGAUUCGGCUUUGCGAUGGCCUCCUGAACGGAGGUGCUGAUCCUUCCUUAUCAACCCACUUUGGCCGGACGGCCCUGAGCUAUGCGGCACGUUCGGGUCACACCGACGUGAUGGACCUGCUUCUACGCGUUGCACCUUCAAGGCUCGACCAAGCGGACAACUACGGUGUGACACCGCUGUGUUGCGCGGUGCAGGGUGGCCACGAGAACUCUGUGUCCCGUUUGCUAUCCGCGGGGGCAACCAGUCUUCGUUUCGCUAUGGAAUUGGCAGUGCGGUUCGAUCAGGCGCGAAUCCUCAAAAUGUUGCUCACGGCGGUACAUGCGGGGGAGAGCGACGGGCCCGGGGUGGCAGAGGUUGUGAACAGCGGACCACUGCUUCGCUUGGCCGCU